UUUAAGAGAGCCGCAUUACAGGUGGGAUGACGCUGUCUGAGAGACUCAGUGUGGUGGGGACGAUGCGUUUCGUGGGUUAACAGCACUCAUUUCUGCCCCUGUCUCUGAUGCUCAAGAAAAGGUGGUGUCUAUUAUUCACUCACUGCCGAAGACGGCUCCGCGAUUCUUCUCUCCAGACCCAACGCUAAUGCUGUAUCCAUGUGCAAUGCUUUUGACCGCUUUACCCCAACUAAAUCUAAAGGUUGAUGACCCUAUUGAUAUGCUCCCCAAGUCAAGAAAAGCCCUUAGCAUCCAGGAAAUUGCAGCUCUGGCCAGAUCAUCAUUUAAUGGCAUCUCACAGGUGGUGAAGGAUCACGUGACCAAACCCACGGCCAUGGCUCAGGGUCGGGUGGCUCAUCUGAUUGAGUGGAAGGGCUGGUCUAAGCCUUUGGACCCUCCAUCUGCUACACUGCAGUCCCAUUUUAACUCCUACUCCCAUCUCAGUGAGGGUGAGCAGGAGGCCCGGUUUGCAGCAGGUGUGGCUGAGCAGUUUGCCAUUGCAGAGGCGAAGCUCCGUGCCUGGACCUCUGUAGAUGAGGAGGAGAUGGAAGAAGAGUCUUACGAAGAGGAUCCUCCUCUAAAUGACGAGCCAAUCUCAACUCUGAGCUCAGACGCUGUAUUAUCCAAUCAGAGCUGCCCAGUGCCAAGUCAGGCUGAGACAGACACAGCUGAAAUCCCACGCUCUGACAGCACGCUCAGUCAAUCGGACCCCGACGACCUGCUCAUCUCAGACGAAGUGCCACCACAUGCCCAAGAACUCCAGCUUUCAGAAGGCGAGGGUGACAGGGCCACAUGUGCGAUUCACAAAGCAGACCGCAGGCCUUUGUGGAGCAAGGGAGACUCCUGCUACUACUCCACCUCCUACUCCGAGUCUGGCCUUUCACCUGAGGACGAAGAGGAGGAGGAUGGAAGAGAGGUGGAGGAAGGGGAGGACAACGUCUUUCAGGAAGUCAUCCGCUGGUACAGACACUGCCGAAGCAUCUCUGAUACCUCUGGAGCUGUGUCUUUUGAUGAGGAAGAGGAAGAGGAGGAAGAACAGGAAGAAGGUUCCAAGCAGUGACGCUGCGCUCUCACUCGCCCUUUUGUCUCGGUCCCUUUGUAGUAACCCUUCUGUGAAGUGUUUGUCCAGUCUGUUAAGCAUUCAGAGACAAUGACUUGUUUUUCUUUCUAUACUUUUAAAGAGAUAGUUCAUCUAGAAAUGAAAAUUCUGUCUUCGUUUUCGCUCUCUCGUCUAUCAAAAUCUGUUUGAUGUUCUUUUUUUAUCUGUGGAACACAAAUGAUGUGAGGCAGAAUCAGGAUUAUUAUAGUUAACGGUAACACUUUAUUAGUUAACAUUAGUUAACUACAUUAGUUAACGUGAACUAAGAAUGAACAAUACAUCUACAGCAUUUAUUAAUCUUUGUUUAUGUUAAUUUCAGCAUUUACUAAUGCGUUAUUAAGAUCACAAGUUGUGUUUCUUAACGCAUUCUGAACUAACAUGAACUUUAUUUUUAUUAACUAACAUUAACAAAGAUGAAUAAAUAGUGUAAUAAAUGCAUGGUACAUUGUUUUUUCAUUUUAGUUAAUACAUUAUCUAAUGUUAACAAAUGACACCUUAUUGUAAGUGUUACCUAGUAAAGUAAAGCUGGAGCUAAAGUUAAAACUGUUUUUAACUCGAAAUAAAAUGUAGCUUUAACUGAAACACUAAUUUCUCUUUUUUAUUUAGUUUACCAUAGUAAACUAUAUAUAUAUAUAUAUAAAAUUAAAUAAAAAAGAAAUAAAAAAUAUAUAGACAAUAAAAAAUUAAAACCUACUAAAAAUGACAAAAAUACAACAGAAAUAUUACACAUUUAGCUAAAGUUGAUCAAUAAAAACAGAAAAUAUUAAAUAAAAACUGGCUAAAAAAUUUAUCAAAACUACAGUAUAAUAGUAUCUCUUUGAUAAUAGACUGUGCAACCCAGUGUUAUUUUAGUAUCACUGAUAUACUAUUAUAAAUUUGUUGAUAUUUUAGAUUUUUAAAAAAUAUUUUUUCAGAUUUUUAAGUUUCACUAAGUUUGUUGUCUGUCAUUUUUGCAAGUGUUUUUAUUUGUACAUAUGUUAAUUUUUAUUUUAUUUUAGUUAAAUUAAUUUAAAUUAAAUUAACUAACUAGCUAAUUAAUUAAUUAAUUAGUUUUGACCAAGUUUUGACUAAACUUAAUGAAAAUGAGAUUUCUUGCCUUGGCAAUUAGAAAUAAAAUAAGAAUUUUUAUAGACUUUUAUUAUUUUUAUUUAUUUUUUUUUAUUUUUUUUCAAUAAUGAUUUUUCAAGUAAUCAUUUUUUUUUUUUUUUAUUAUUAUAUGGUUUUAGUUUUAGUUAACAAUAAUAACACUGAUGCAAGCUGCUCUUUUCCUAACUGUGAAAGUGAAUGGCUAUCAAGCCAGAAAUUCUAGCCACGCAAACUGAUAUUAUGGCUUCAGAAGUCAUGUGGACCACUUAUGAUACUUUAAUGGUGCUUAUUUAAAGUUUCACUUUCAUUCAUUCACUUUCAUUUCACGUGUAAACUUUCACUGUAUAGAAAAGAGCAGCAUGAACAUUCAUCAAAAAGAUGGAGUAACUGAAGACAGGAUUUCCAUUUCUGAGAGAACUACUCCUCUAAUCUCUUCCUCUCUAUCCCUGCUUCCUCUUGAUCUACAUGUUCUUCAUUUGAAAUGAGCGUUCAAGAAACCACAGUACUGUUUCUUCAUCCAAGCGGCGAGUAGGAUGAUAGUGACAUUAUGACAGCAGUUUCCAGUGAAACGCGAUGUUCAUUACCUGCGCUCUCGGUGUAUUCAGCAGCCUCACCGUUUGUGGCGUAUCUGUGACGACACAUCAAGAGACUGGAAUAUCUCUGUGAGGAACAUGGUUUCAAAUGUUUUCCUUUUGUGACUGUUCAAAAGUGACGUAAUGCUCAUAGUAAAAUGUUGUUAAUACUUCAGGAUUGUGGGUUUGCUGAGGGACAGAAAAACCCUGUUGUUCAUUUUGUUUGGGUUUAGAUGUCACGCUGCAAGUGCUUGUGUGUCUCGGCUUGCUCCAGAAGGGUUGAGGUGCAGGAGGUUUCCGCUUUGAUGGAGCGUUGUAACUAUGAAUAGAAUGUGCCUGUUAUUAUGAUCACUGUGUGAUGUAUACUACCAAACUAUGGAAGCCCAUUUUUGACGCUUAAGAUGAUCAUGCUUCGGUAAGUCUUCAUGACAUAAUAUCUUGUAAUCAUGAGUUAUAUUUAUGAAACGUCUAAAUUAUGACAGUCAUACCUAUGAAAUAAACUAUGACAAAAAGUUGAGACGAAGUCAGAAUUGUGAGAUGAAGUCAUUAUUAUGACAUUUAAGUUGAAAUUAUGACAUGCAAAGUUGUGUAUAUAAGAUGAAAAGUCAUACCAAGUCAAGAUAUGAGUCAUACCUAUGACAUAAAAGUCGUAUUUAUGAGACAAAAAGUCAAAAUUAUGACAGAAACUUGAAAUUAUGAGUUGCUAAAUUGAAAUGGAAAAAACUUUAAAUUAAAGCCAUAAUCCCCAAGAAGCCGUGGUUUACAGUGAAUUUAUAACAGCUAAGGGGCGCUGUUAGGCACGAUGUGUAAACCACGGCUUCACGGGGCUUAAUACUUUUAUAAAACGGUUAUUCCAUAUAUGUUGUAAAAUGUCACAAAUUAACAGCAAAUAAAGUGUAAUGAUAUUAAUAAAAAACACUAUUCUUCCGCCAAACAAUGUAGUUCCUCAGAAACGGUUGUGGUUGCAACAAAGUGGUUGCCGAGCAACACACAAACAUAAACAAAUGUGUAUGUUUGUAGAGUAAUUUACAACAGUUUUGAAUGCAGCUCAACCAAUCAGAAUCAAGGACCGGAACUAUCUGAUUUAUAAUAUUAGGUGGAAAAUCAUAAUUCUGAUGUCAUUUAUGAAAUGAAAAGUCCAAAUUAGACAAAAAUGUUUUUUUUUUUUUUUUUUAUCACAUUUGAUCUCAUAAUAAUUAUGACUUAUUUCAUAAUUAUGUCAGAAUUUUGACUUGUCUCAUAAUUCUGACUUUUUAUCUCAAUUUCAAAUUUUUAUUUCAUAAUUCGUUCUGUCGGAAUUUUCACUUAUCUCGUAAUUCUGACUUUUUUUUAAUAAUAAUUUAGACUUUUUAUCAAAAUGAUGUCUGUCAAAUUUUGACAUCUCAUAAUUCUGACUUUUUAUCUCAUAAUUAUAUCUGUCUGUCGGAAUUUUGACUUCUAAUUCUAAUUUUUUAUGUCAUAAUUUUGAUUUUUUUGUUUAAUAAUUACAUCUGUCCGUUUUUUGACUUAUUUCAUAAUUCUGACUUUUUAUCUCAUAAUUUCAACUUUUUAUUUCAUAAUUAUGUCUGUUGGAAUUGUGACUCGUCUCAGAAUUUUGACUUUUUAUCCCAUAAUUGAGACUUAUGCAAUAAUAAUUACUUUUUAUGUCAUGAUUGCUGCAUGAUUUUUUUUCUUUUGUGGCAUAAAUGGACCUCCAUACCAAACUGAGUGAGAACCCCCUACCAUGUUUCUUUCUCUCCGUUCUGCCAUAUUUAUACUCCCUAUCUGCAGUUCAGUAGAUGUUUGAUUUGUGAUUGGCUGCUGAAUGAACAGGUUUUUUGAAGCUACUAGUUAAUACAACCUUGAAAUGCAGCUACAGCAAACCAGUAGACAGAAAGAAUAUGUUGCCUUUCCAAACUGCAUUCAUUCAUUGCAGAAGCAUGGCGAAGGGCAGUGUAAAUUCAUAACCAAUCACAUUAUGUCAUCAUUAUUCUCAAUAUGGACCAGUAAUGUCAUGAUGUUCAUUGAUGUGAAUGUGUGAAUCCCCCACCAAAAAAAGUUUUUUUAUUGUUUGUACAGAAAAUGUCUGAGGUCAAAUGUGAGAAUUAUGAUUGCAUUAAAGUUAUGUGUAUAUUCA